CAAGAUUUGAAAUCAGCCGGGUUAUCCCCAGACUAUAUAAUGGACACUCUCCUCCUUCCAUUUUCACCAUCGAACAAACGAAACUAACGAAAUUACAAGAAUCAUGGUAUUGAACAUUGGACAACCUGCUCCUGACUUCAAGGGUACUGCCGUCGUUAACGGUGCUUUCGAAGAAAUUUCCUUGUCCCAAUACAAGGGUAAGUGGGUCUUCUUGGGCUUUUACCCUCUCGACUUCACCUUCGUCUGCCCUACUGAGAUUGUCGCUUUCUCUGAGGCUGCUGCCAAGUUUGCUGAGCGUGGUGCUGAAGUUAUUUUGACCUCCACUGACUCUGAAUACUCUCACCUUGCCUUCAUCAACACUCCUCGUAAGGAAGGUGGUUUGGGUGGUAUCAAGAUUCCCCUUUUGUCUGAUGCUAGCCACAAGAUCUCUCGUGACUAUGGUGUCUUGAUUGAAGAUGCUGGCGUCGCUUUCCGUGGUCUCUUCUUGAUUGACCCUAACGGUGUUUUGCGUCAAAUCACCAUCAACGACCUCCCUGUUGGUCGUUCCGUUGAUGAGUCUCUCCGUCUUUUGGAUGCUUUCCAAUUCGUCGAAGAGCACGGUGAAGUUUGCCCCGCUAACUGGCAAAAGGGUGCCGACUCCAUUGACACCAAGGAGCCCUCUAAGUACUUUGGCAAGCAAUAAAUGAGAAAUUUAGCUUAAAUGGACAGAAGGACACAUAUGUCCUUCUCAAAGCUUUUCAUUUUGCCAGCUUUAUGUUAGAUUGAAUCAAGUUUUGUUUUAUUGAAAACUUUGUUGGGAAACAGAAACAGUAGGAAGCUAGUUAGUUCGGUGGAUGGCAGUAGUUUGUAGCAUUGAGG